AUGGUUCUGACAGACCCAGACCCGUGGCCCUCUGCUGGCUCCAUGGUUCUGACAGACCCAGACCCGUGGCCCUCUGCUGGCUCCAUGGUUCUGACAGACCCAGACCCGUGGCCCUCUGCUGGCUCCAUGGUUCUGACAGACCCAGACCUGUGGCCCUCUGCUGGCUCCAUGGUUCUGAUAGACUCAGGCCCAGACCCGUGGCCCUCUGCUGGCUCCAUGGUUCUGAUAGACUCAGGCCCAGACCCGUGGCCCUCUGCUGGCUCCAUGGUUCUGACAGACUCAGACCCAGACCCGUGGCCCUCUGCUGGCUCCAUGGUUCUGACAGACCCAGAUCCAGACCCGUGGCCCUCUGCUGGCUCCAUGGUUCUGAUAGACUCAGGCCCAGACCCGUGGCCCUCUGCUGGCUCCAUGGUUCUGAUAGACUCAGACCCAGACCUGUGGCCCUCUGCUGGCUCCAUGGUUCUGACAGACUCAGACCCAGACCUGUGGCCCUCUGCUGGCUCCAUGGUUCUGACAGACCCAGACCUGUGGCCCUCUGCUGGCUCCAUGGUUCUGACAGACUCAGACCCAGACCUGUGGCCCUCUGCUGGCUCCAUGGUUCUGACAGACUCAGACCCAGACCUGUGGCCCUCUGCUGGCUCCAUGGUUCUGACAGACUCAGACCCAGACCUGUGGCCCUCUGCUGGCUCCAUGGUUCUGACAGACUCAGACCCAGACCCGUGGCCCUCUGCUGGCUCCAUGGUUCUGACAGACUCAGAUCCAGACCCGUGGCCCUCUGCUGGCUCCAUGGUUCUGACAGACUCAGAUCCAGACCCGUGGCCCUCUGCUGGCUCCAUGGUUCUGACAGACUCAGGCCCAGACCCGUGGCCUGUCCGUCACUGGUUCUCCUGA